UGCCACUUUGCCUCAACUUUCCCAUUUUUCCUUCUCCCAAUUUCUUCUUAAGGAAUGCAAAUAAGCAAUAACGAGAAUUGCUCCUCUAAAAUGAUCAUGGGGGCUAGCUUGUAACGAGUCCAGAAUCAACGUUUUAUUAGUUGUUCUUGUAUAAUAUCGUUUCCUAAUUCUUCUAUCUUCCGGGGGGCCUUUCCAUUUCCAUGCUUAUCUAGUUCGCGAUCAUUGUACACCGAGAUGGAUGCUCCAAGUGCGACGUGGCAUCCGGCUAUGAUGCCACACACUAAUAACGAUACCAACAAAAUACCAGAGCGUGACGAGACUCAAAAUCAAGAAGUGAAUGCCCAUGACGAAUACGCAAAUGAGCACUCGGCUCAGGAUAUACCGAAUAACGAAGUAAUAGAAGAAGGACACAAGCCUGACCGGCAAAGCGAUAGCGCGUUUUUAGACCAAUUUAAUCAUGAUGACGCUGGGGAUAACGCAUGGGAUCUUUCCGGGCAUUCACCAUCUGCUACUGCGCAAGGUGCCGAUGAUGCUGUUGUACCCGACUACGAACAAGAGCUUGCCCAAGCCGAAUCUACUCGGACGAGUAACGCGGCCAAACAUUCUAGUAAAAAUUCGUUUGCGCGUACCGUGUCUCACGAGGUGAGCUUUAAUGAUGACGACGAGAGCGAGUUGAGCUUGCAGCGAUCGGACACAGACCCUUUCAAGUUCAUGCCACCGAGCGAGAGGACAAACUCAUUUCCUGCGAUACCCCAAAGAGAGGAUGAACCCGAGGGCGAAUUCGAUCAUCCACCCCCUUCAAAUCAAGCUCAAGAUAUACUGCAUGAUUUGGAGGAGGACGAUUUAGAUGUUCACCCAAUUGUACAGUCUGCAUUGCCGGACACUCUUGGCGAAGAUCAAGACGUUGACGACGAGGCUGGCGCAACAGGAGGCUCGUCGCAGCAAUAUGUUGGCGGGGAGAUUGUGGGCGCUUCAGAGGAGGAAUCAGACGCUCGAUUCGAAGAGGGGUUACCGUUAAUUCCGCAGAAUGAACAGCAUGAUAUAGAAAGCCAUCACAAGUCUCCAGCUCCGGGUCUUCAGGAUGCCUUCGCGCAGGAUGAUGAAGGGGGCGACGACUUUUUCAGCCAAGUACCUACGAGUACAUCCCAUCUAGAAGGAGAUGCUAGUCUCGAGCACACCUUACAAAGGAAAUCUACGGCUAUGGUAAUGGGACAAGUCGCAGACCCAGCGACAGUAGAAGAGUCAAACUCAGAGCUCCCAUCUCCUGUUAAGGAUGCAACGCCCGAAGAGCCAGUGAACUCAGACACGCCUGUACAGCAUGUCGCGAACGGUGAUUCCGAGACCAACCCAAAGGUGGGAGCUGAAACUCAACCCGACGCUGCGGAUAUUGACGCGAAGUGGGCGGCUGCUUUUGACGACGACGAGGAUUUCCUACUAGAUUCAACUGCCGAGACCAAAGAGCUUGAUCCAGCAGAUAUCUUUGGAAGUGAUGAUGAAGGGUUCCUCGAAGAUACGGUCGAGCAGCCGCCAGCUGCACCGGCGGUGUCGGUAUCUCAACCUACUACAGCCGCGCAGCCUCAGCCAGCGGGCUUCAAUGGCCGUUAUACCCCUGAUAUCUUCCAGCAUCCGACGCAGUUGAAUUCUAACCCUUAUGCACCUGCCCCAGUCGUGGGUCAAAUGCAGUCGCCGCAACUUCCUGCCUAUGCCUACCCGGCCUCGGCUCCUCCUCCGACAAUGGGUGGAUUUGCGCCACCACCUAAGCCAGCCGUACCUAAAGCUCAAAGUUUUGCUGAUAAGGCCAAGGGUGGAUAUACCUCACCAUAUGACCUUCCGAUGGAAGUUGUCAAACCGAAGAAGCGGACAAGUAUGCAGCAGCUUCCGCCAGCAAAUAAUGCGUCUCUUGGACCUCCCGCUGCUCCCCCGAGAAGUGCGAGCAUGUAUGCUCAGCCACCACCGACGGGAGGCUCGAACGCGAGUUUAUCACCUCCUAGUUCAAGCCACUCAAGCCAAGUACCACCGGCAGCGACGGCAUCUCAGAGGUCUACUCCUCAGUUAAAAUCCAAAUCUGGCUUCUUCGAGGAUUUGCCUAUAACGUCGAAGCCUCGACCAGCAUCGCGACUAAGUCACCUUUCUGCGUCACCUCAGCUAAGUCCGCGUGGGCAGCCGCCACACGGCCCCCCUUUAACAUCACCCACUUCGCAACCUCCAUUUUCCCCCCAAGAGCAACCAGCUGGUAUUGCUUCGUUGGUUGCGCCAGAACGUGUUAACCCUUACGCCCCAAUUCCAUCUAAUUCGCUACCUGCGCCAAGUGCUCCGCCUGCCGCGACCUCAAGAUACUCUCCCGCGCCGCCUCAACUGUCGGUAGCAAAUGGAGUCCCACCGCCUGUCUCUAGUCGUUAUUCUCCCGCUCCGCCCUUAGUACGGUCAGGUAGCGGUGCAUACGCGGCUGUUCCACCUCAGAUGCUCGCACACCAACCGCGAACCUCGAGUCCCCUUGCCCACUCUCACUUUGAAGUCUCGCGUGAUAAGUCGGUACCGAGUCCUAUGGCCGGCGAAGGCACAUCUGAACGUCGAAGCAGCUCAUCUCAAUAUGAGCCUCGCCUCACAAGAGUGCCCUCUUUACCACCAACUCAAGAGGUUGAAGAGGAUCAAUCCCUGCUACAAUCUCCGCCAGUUGCGCCCAAGGCUCCGUCCGAAUCGAGGUAUAGCCCAAGACAGCCUAGGGCUACACCCCCACCUCUCGGCUCUCCUGCUUAUAACCCGAUAUCCCCCCCUAAGAGAGCGGUAUCGAACUAUGUGCCAAUGUCUCCUGCAUCUGCGCCGCACAAGGAGGUCAACUUCGUGCCACCACCUCGAUCCCAAACCCAAUCGCCUGGGGCUCUAUAUGGAAACCGGGCUGGAACAAGACUAGUUGAUCCUGUCCCUCGACCGUCGUCUGUGCAAGGUGCUUCUUCUCCACGAGAGAUACAACAUACGGAGGCUGUUCGGCCAACUACUAGAGCUCGGGGCAUGUCUCAGCAUCUCAAUCUUGUCCCGCCAACGGACGGUCGGGAACAAGAUCCCCUGAGGAGAUGGCAAGGCUGUCCUGUCUUCACAUGGGGCGUGGGAGGUACGGUUGUGACCUCUUUCCCGAAAGACGUCCCUCGGUAUGGUAUAAGUCAAGCGCUUCCAAUGAUUGUACGUAGCCCGGGUGAGGUGAAGGUACGACAUAUGAAGGAUCUUCAACCGCUGGAGGAGCGACUAGCCAAAUUCCCAGGGCCUUUGAGGGGCAAGUCGAGGAAGAAAGAAACUGUAGCGUGGUUGACGGCUGGUAUUGACACCCUGGAAAGGAGCCUCCCAAACCUUUCGUUCUUACACCACGUUUCGCAUGAGGAUAAGAGAGCUGUCGAGCGGGUACUAUUGUGGAAGAUCCUACGUGUUUUCGUUGAAAAUGACGGUCUACUCGAAGGAAAUCCCACAGUAGAAAAAGCUGUCAGAGAAGUCAUCUCGCCUGGUCUCGACACCAAUAAUCCAGAGCUUGCAGCUGCGAUUUCCACCGGAGCUGAUUUGACAGGGAUUUCUUCAACUGUAACCACUAUGCAAGCGGACGCUGUCGAUUCUACGACCGUCGAGCAGAUCCGGCACCAUCUGUUGUCCGGCGACCGGGAGAAGGCCGUCUGGGCCGCGGUGGAUAAGAGGCUUUGGGGUCACGCGAUGCUUAUUUCAAACACGAUGCAAAGCCCGGAAUUAUACAAAAAGGUGGCGCAAGAAUUUAUCAAGAAGGAGGUGAACCAUCCGGGACAUGGAAACGAGUCGCUCGCUGCUCUUUAUGGCGUUCUGUCAGGUAACUUUGAGGAGUCGGUAGACGAAUUAGUCCCGGUUCAUGCGCGGGCUGGCCUUCAGCUUAUAUCUACUUCAGCUGCCGUUGGUGCAACUCAAGAUGCACUGGCGGGUCUCGAUAAAUGGCGCGAGACACUUGGCUUAAUACUCAGCAACAGGAGUUUUGGCGAUGCUCAAGCCUUAAGGUCACUUGGUAACUUGCUCUCUGGAUACGGAAGAGCGGAAGCAGCUCAUAUCUGCUACAUUUUUGCUAGGAAUUGUGCAGUUUUUGGAGGGCUUGAUGACCCGAAUGUUAACUUCGUCCUGGUCGGAGCUGAUCAUCGUCGCCAAGCCGACCAGUUUGCAAAGGAAACAGAGGCCUUACAGCUUAGCGAAGUCUACGAGUACGGACUGUCUCUUGCGGGUGGUUCGAAUGCUGUACAAAGUUGCCCACACUUGGCUGCUUACAAGCUUCAGCAUGCCAUGACUCUCGCUGAAUACGGAUUUAGAGAUAAGGCCUUACAAUACUGCGAGGGUAUAUACAACGCAAUUACUGCGCAAACAAAGAGGUCACCUUACUACCACCCUGUUCUGGACUCCGCCGUGGAUGACCUUAUGAGAAGGUUGAAACAGGCUCCAAAGGAGGAGUCGUCUUCAUGGAUCCCGAAGCCUAGGAUGGACCAAGUAUCUAACAACAUGUGGAGCCGCUUUAACAAGUUCGUUGCUGGCGAUGAUGACGAGGGUUCCGGCAAUGCCGCGUCGGGCGAGGCCGGUGCCGAAUCUGGUCCGUUUGCUCGUCUUGCAGGCGGGACGCCAUCAAUUAGUCGGUCCCCAUCCGUCACGAACUUCGAUGUGUACGGAAACGGAAAUCUAUCUCCUACCCUCCCGGCUAACAAGACUGCUUCCCGCUAUGCGCCAGGAGCACCUCAGUCUUCGGGUAAUCCAUACGACCCCAGCACUUCUUACAACCCAGCACCUAGGUCUUCAAUGGAAAGGACGUCGGGCGAGAUUACACGAAGCUCUUUUGAGCUACCAGCAAGACGAGGAUCAGAUAUGCAGUCUGCGUACGGAAGUCCUUAUGCCCCCUCGCACUAUUCAACUACCUCGGCAUAUCAGCCUUCGGUCCCAGCUGCCUCACAAGCAUCUCCGUAUACACCAGUCUCUCGAGAAUCAGACUCAACACAAGCUAGGGGCAUCGGAAUUUCAUUCCCGGGUUACAACCCGUAUGGAGGCGCACAAGCCUCGCCGAAUCCCGAUGUUUCUCAGUCCCAGCAAGUCUCGCCUACGGAGCCGAAACCAGCAAUCUCGGCGAAUGAUACAAGCGCGACGCAAGGCUAUCAACCUCCUUCAUAUGGAUACGAGUCACCAUCAACCAAUACUUACGAACCACCAACUACUCAACCUGAAAGUCAAUCUGGCGGAUACGAGCCACCUUCAUACCAACCAUCUAGCUUUGAGCCCCCAUCCUACGAGCCGGGUCCAGCUGGUGACGAAGGCGAUUCUCCUUCUGAGCCAAAGCCCAAGAAGAAGAGCUUCUUCGACGACGACGAGGAUGACAUUCCUGCUUUGAAGCCCCAAGGAAAGAGCAAGGAGGAAAUAGACCGGGAGAAUGCGGAGAUGGUUAGGAAGAUUGCCGAAGAAGAGGAAAAACGUGCUGCAGAGGCAAAAUCAGCUAAGAAAGGCUGGGGCUUCGGAGGUUGGUUUGGCGGUGGUAGCAAAAAGGAGUCGCUCGAGCCAGCCAAUAAGCCCAUCAGGGCCAAACUUGGCGAAGCCAGUAGCUUCGUAUAUGACCCAGAACUCAAGCGCUGGGUCAACAAGAAACCAGGAGCAGAGAAUACUCCUGUUAAGGCGGCAACACCGCCUCCUCCUCGCGCCGCUUCUCGCAACGGUACUCCCCCACUACCGGGAUCUACAUCCGCUCCUCCUGCCGGCCCUCCUCGUGCUCAGCUUACACCUGCACCUACCCUCCUAAGAAGUGCUAUGUCUCAUGAUAACCUCACGGUCCCCGGUGGCGCACCGCCUAUGACGCGGUCCGUCUCGGGUCAAAGCAUUAAUAGUGCCCCAGGCGGGCCUCCCAGCGCACCGCCUAGCAGACCGGCUACCAGCCUAAGUACCGCAAGCAGCAUCGAUGACCUGCUCGGAGCGGCUGGGCCGAGGAAGGGACCCAAGAAGGCGAAGAAGAGCGGGCGCUAUGUUGAUGUCAUGGCAAAGUAGAGAAGAGACGAGAUUCAUUGGAUGGUUAUAAAUGAUUGACUGCGAUACACACAUGCACGCAUAACGGAAGAGACAAACGGAUUGGCACGGGCGCAGGGCGCAAGAUUUGCAUUAAUACACAUCUGCUACGACUCAGAGCUCGAGCACGCGCGUGCGCGCGCGCGCUGCCGGCCUGUAUUAUAUAUAUAUAUAUAUACCUAGAACUUCUUGUAAUAAAACGACGACCGGGACUAAUUUUAGGUUAGUAUGUGUGCUGAGAGAAAGAAUGGAUGAUGUUUCCGUUUCUGGGUUUGCUUCUUUACUAGGUACGCUUUGGAUAUGUCCUAUAGAUUCACUUAACCCCCCUUAGGUACCCAAUUACCUGACCUAGUACUUGGGAGGGUUAAGGUAAUAAUUAGAAAUGAGAGAAUGUGAUACCGUAUAUGAAGUUUUGAAGGGUUGAAGGGUUGGUGUCGGGAAUAAGGAUAGUUUGUAUGUGCUUCCCAUGGGUUGUCCCAUGAUAACAUGUAUAGUAUGUACUUAUACUUCUAA